UUUUAUUAUAACCCAAGCCCACUAAAAUAAUAUCAAAAGCCCGUCAAGAGAGAAACCCUAAAUAAAGGGAAAACAUAUCUUCCGUGAGGUAAACACUAAACCCUCAAGAACAACCGAUCUCGUUGAAUUAUACGAAAAUAAAUGGACUCGUACUCGUCAUCGUCGCCGCCGAUGGGUGCUUCUCCAUCUCCGGAGGCACUGAUGGAACAAAUUCAAGCGCAGCUCGCUGAAGCUUACGCUAAGGAGCUCAUCGAGACCAUGAGAGAAAAAUGCUUUGAUAAAUGCAUAACAAAGCCAGGAUCGAGCCUCAGCAGUGGUGAGAGCAGCUGUGUCUCUAGAUGUGUUGAUCGUUACCUGGAAGCUACUGGUAUCAUCAGCCGUUCUCUUUUCAGUCAACAACGUCAUUGAAUCAUGACAAAACACUAUUGCUCUUGUCGUUUUUUUUUGGGAGUGUUUGUCAUUAAGAAAAAUCAUCAUCAGAUUAUAUUAUUACUACAACAGUAGCGUUGUUAUUGCUGAUGACAUACAUUGUCUGAAAAGGUUGUUUGGGAAUCAAAUAUGAUUUUAUUCUAUAAGCUUCUAAUUUUAUUAGUUUUA